CAAAUAUAAUCGUACACAACGUAAAUAUUACUUUGGAGGCAGAACACAACUCCCCGAAAAGCAUAUACUUCGAGACGUGUUAAAUCUACUUCCGAACAAAACGACGUUUGUGGAGCAUCAAUCGUGCGGAUUUUAUAAGCUAUUUUCUCCUUCGUUGCACUUUGGUUAUAAGACCUUUCUGUCAUUAACAUGGUUAAAGACGCACAGAUCUCGACACCACACAUUCUAGACGAGCUUUUCACGAUGACCUAUCUAAGACGAAUCGGUGGUUUCUAUACAAUUUGGCAAAGUUAAUGGUUUAUCUAAACCAUAAACGAUGACCACACUGAGAUAAGUCUCAAGAUAAUUAGAAUUUUCCUGGAUUUCUGCAUAUAAUUGUGUGCAUGCCAUCCUAGUGAGCUUCUUCUUCUUCUUGUCGGGUCACAAGACCUGUCCAGUGGAGGGUGCAGGAUCUGGCUUUGUUAAGUGAGCUGAAAUAUCGUCUCAUUUUGUUUGAGAGAAAUUAACUCGUCUGCGAAUCUGUAACCAUGUAUUUUCAAAUCAAACGCAUAGAUCGAUAUUGACGGACAUGACGGACUCAAAAGUUACUACCAUCAUGGCCAGAAGGGGUAGAGUCCAAGAUAAACAAUGAUGUGGAUAACUUUGGAAUAUACAGACAAAAAUAAUGACUAAGUUAUGGAGAUUCAUGUAUGUCCGCAAAGGAAGAUGCUCUAAUAUUGCACGAUUAUUACGGAAAAUAUAAAAGCCGUUUACAACUCAGUACUUCUAUCAUCUCCAGUUGAGCAAAAACAACAUGUUGAAUAAUGGUGAAGAGAGUGCGAUACCGUCUUCGCCUUGGUCCUCAUUGCCGACGUCUCCGGCAUCAUCCUCCACCAUCGCUCGUCUUCCGAAGAACUUUAUCGGGAGGACGAUCGGUCUUGGAGGGCCUCGAGCCAGUCGGAGAGCACUGUCUUUCGAUAGCCCGGUUAAUAGGAGGAGGUCGUUGACCAGAUCGAUGACCAUGAUGUCAUUGACCCCUAUCUAUGAGGAGGCCAGGAUGUCUGCAAGAAAACAUCUGGUGAAUAGGCGGAUAACUGUGCUUGACAUGGACACCAUGAGUCAUGGGAGUGGUUCAAGGAAGGGGGCUACAUCGGCGGGAAAGGUUAUAAAUCGUCGCAGGACCGCACUGUCCCUACCGGAGGAAAAUAAGCCACAAGGACCAACGCCUUAUGAGCGGUUUAAGCUAAAAGCAAACGCAGUGAAGUGGCUUUGUAUGGUCUGCCUAGUAUAUAUGAGAGAGGCAUCUGAAAGAGCUCUUAAAGGAACUUUACUGGAGGUCGUGGAAGAGAUCUUGACCUCGGCGGAAGAGGAAGCAAAACGAACAGGGAAUGAUGGGGAUUACCCAAAAGGCAUUGUCAGUUCCGCUUACCCCGAUAUGACCUUCGAUGCAGCAGAUUAUCAACGCUUCUCAAAAAGAGAAGAAGGAUUACCGAAUAAGAUUAAGGACAUCUUAUCAAUGGAAGAAGACGAUAGAUCACAAGAACAAAUACAAAAUGUCGUUCGAAGUAUGCAGAGUAUCGAGGAGUUUGCUAAAUAUCCGCCAGAAAUACAAAAGAGGAUGUGUAAAUAUGCUUGGUAUGACGUAUUUACAAGAAAUCGAGUCAUCAUUCGAGAUAGAGAGCGAGCUGAAGGAAUGUACUUUGUAUUGUCUGGAAAACUUACCAUGACGACAGCUGGUGCAACUUACAUUCUAAAGAAAGGAGAUAAAUUUGGGGAAUUAGAUUUGAUCAACAACACGAACAGGAGUUGUACAGUGAUGUCUAAAGAUCAAGUUGAAUUAUUCUGCAUACAUAGUCAGGACUAUCCCGAUAUAUUUGACACAAAGUUAAAUGUGAAGCCAGAAGACUGCCUAGAAUAUCUCAAGUCCCUUCCGGUGUUUAAGGCAUGGACGGGGCACGACAAACUACCCGACUUUCCUGCUAACUGGGGUGUGCAAAAUUACAGAGCUGGUCAAGUAAUUGUCCCAGACAGCAUCAAGAAUGAUUGGAUUUACGUCAUUAAAUCAGGUACUUGUGAUGUACUGAAGCACUUAAAAGCAGACGUAUGCAUGAGGGAUAAGACUGGUAAAUUCUACAAGGAGUUCAAGAAGGCUGAAAAUGCCAAGGAGAUCGAAUUCACAAAUCAGAAGCUGGCCGAAAAAUUGCCCCCUCUAACCAGAGUGACAUUCUUGACCACACCUGGACCUAGUAGCAGGCGGAGCAGUACACGAAGCAGUACUGGGCAAACCCUGAGGAGUCGGGAGCCGAUCUCCGGGAUGUCUGAUGAAAUGGUGGCCAGGAAAAAAUGUGGUUCGCAUAUAACAGAUACUGUAUUCAGAAGUAAAAGCAUUCUCCAGUGUGUAAGGAGUGGGAGCCAUCCAGACACUCCUUUCUGUGUUAGAGUUGGAGAAUUAGAAGCUGGAGAUAUCUUUGAUAUUCUCACUGUAAUGCCUGGAUACAAACUCAACAAAAGUGACAAAGUCAGUUUGGUAAGCCAAGGAGCCGAAGCAAUAAAGAUCAGCAAAUCAUUCUUCCUAAAGUACGCAGACGAGAGAGUGUUCACAGAGAUUGAAAUGAGGUUUGAGCCGUAUCCCGACCAGGACACCUGCCUGAAAGACAUUGAUGUGACGACAGAGUGGCAGAGAUACAAGAAGGUGGAGAUGGAGAAGACAAUGCAUGAGGUCAAGGACAGGGUCCAACUCAGGAUAACAUCCAGAUAAUACCGUCAAAGACUUGAAAGAGACUAUUCGGUGGUGCAAAUAUAGCUAAAUGACACAUGCCGUAUAAACUAAAACAACAA